AUGCCUACCUUACUUGAUUUACCGGAUUUGGCCAUGAGACAUUUGAUGAAGAAACUAAAUUUUGAUUCAAUAUGUACUCUGCGAAAAGUGAAUCAUGGUCUCCGCACAUUUAUCGACGAGGAAAAACGUGACUUCAAAUUUGAUAAACUCCAUCUUCUCUUGGAAAAUGAAAUGGCGGUUCUCACUCUCAGUGCUGGCUGGGAAAGUCUUGUAAUAACAUACUUCAAAGGCGAUAAGAAAACAUGCUUGGUGUCUAAAGGAGGGCGAGACAGACCUGCCAGAACAAGCUAUUUGAAGGCAUGCUGCAUUGAUUUAGAAAUGCUUCUGAAGAAUCAAAAAUCGAUUUUCAAGAGCGUAACAGUACUCUUCAGAUGCACUGUGUUUGAAGAUAGGAUCGAAACGAAACGUGGUGAAAAAUUAUUGGAAAAAAUCACCAAACAAUUCCUUACGGAUAUCGCAAAUGUUCUUCAAUCGCGAGAUGUCCCGAUCAAAACACAACAUUUAGAUAUGCAUGUGAUGAAUCAUGACCAAUUGAUGGCAGUUCUCCCCUAUCUCUGUCCGGAGACACUAACCAAUCUUAAUUUAAAACGAUCACAACAGAGGUCUCAAGAUCUGGAGUUGGAUGAAGUUCUGAAGACAAAACAGUUUAAAAGACUCACCGCCUUUAAAGUAUCCGGAUUCCGUACUACUGUAUCUGUCGACAACUUUUCCAAUCUCGUCUUUUCGGAUAUCAGUCUGGAAACGGUGAAGGUAGACGAUUUGCUUUUUUUGAAAGAGAUGGCUAACUUACUCGAUUUGCCGGAUUUGGCCAUGAGCAAUGUAUUGGGAUACCUUGAUCUCAACGCAAUACUCACUCUCCGAAAGGUGAAUCGAGCACUUCGUGAAUUUGUCGACGAGGAAAAGCCGGAUUUCAAAAUCAUGGGUCUCUUCAUAUCGUUGAAACCCGACAAUGUCCACCUCGAACUGUACAUCGACGAAAAAAAUCCGAUUCUAGUAGAAUACUGUAGAGAAGGAGAUACAACUUCGGUGUUUUGUAGACAAAGAAAAACUGUCAACCUCGACGUCAUGAAGACUUGCGCCAAUGAUUUGGAGAUAAUUUUGAAGAAUCAGAAGUCUAUUUCCAAAGAGAUCGGAGUGUUCUUCGAUUUCCCAGAAUCUCAAACGAGGUUGGAUAACGACGAGUAUGAAGCACAAUUGAGGCAACGGACUGAGCCAUUCUUGACGGACUUUGAAAAAAUUCUUGGAUCCCGGGACCACAAGAUUCAAACCAGAUUUUUGCGGAUGAACGUCAUUGAUCAAUUCCAAGUGAUGGCGGUCCUUCCUUAUCUUUACCCGGAGACGUUGCGUGUUAUGCAUUUGAAUGCCUCGAAUCAUGUACCAGAUCAAACAUUGGAGAUGAAUGAGAUUGUGAAAUCGGAACAGUGGAAACGUAUUCAGAGAUUCAUGUCGCAUGGGUUUUUCAUCUCUGAAUCACUCAAUCACUUUGCCCAUCUCUCGAAAUUAUAUAUCUCUAUUAAGACAGUGACAACAGAUGAGCUGUUGAUGGUGAAAGAGGCAAGCGUCUAA